UUUUCAUAUCUUUAUAGGUUGGAUGUCAACGUUGGUCAACAAUAUAUUAUUUAUGGACUAUUUUGAUGAUAUUAUUUUUUUGAUUUUUUGAGUAGAAUGUGAUUCGAAGUUUUAAUCCAUAGUUUAUAUUCAAAGAGAAGCUAAUUAUGUAUUUGAUUGAUUGAAGCCCGAAUCCUCAAACUUCUUUCGACCUGAAAAAUAUUUAUCUAAGCAAUAAACAAUUAUAAGGUAAAUAAACAGCAACCACAAGAGAUUUUUAUUCGGAUACAUCAUAAUAAAAUUUCUUCAUAAUUAGUUGCGCUUUUAUUUUUACUCAAAUUUAAAUAAUAAAUAAUCAAUGUUCUGGAAUGUCUCGUCAAGAUCAAACGGCUGCAAAGGCCUGUGGACCUAUAAAGCUGGAGAACCGGCAUGAAGGCAACGGACAGCACAAGGCUUUGUACCAAAUCUCCUCUUUCCCUCCACCCCCCAUCGCACAAGAAACGAGAGGUCGGACAAGGCCUGUCCAAUGUUUCUGCUCCAACUCUCUCCUCCUCCACCGCCGUCAAGAAGCGCAGCUGACCCUCUGCACCUUCUCCCUUCCCACUUUCCUGCACUCGCCCCCCUUCGAUUGCCUCCUCCCCAGCCGGGCCGCGCCCUUAUCAAGAACCUCGCUUCCGCUCCCGACUUCACGUGGAGGCGCCGGUGCUCCCCUCUUCUUCCGAGCCAUGCCGCUUGGACCGCGGCCGACGGCGACCUCGACGGUGGAUACGACGAGGAGCUGCGGCGCCUCCUGAUCCUCCUUCCGGAGGAGAUGCGGCGGAGGGUGGAGGACCACCCGGAGCUCUGCCAUCUUGUCGAGAUCGUCAUGGAUUUGGGGCGGAGGCCCCUUGCCCGCUUCCCCUCUGGCGACUUCUUUCUCUCCUACCGCCCUAUCUCCGCCCAAGAUCUCCACCAUGCCACCUCCCAGGUGGGGGACUUCGCUGCGGACAACCGUGCGGGGAUUAGUCGGACUUUGCAUCGGAUUAGUGCUAUCAGGAACCGGAAGGGCGCGAUCAUUGGCCUUACAUGCCGGGUGGGCCGGGCAGUAUCUGGAAGUGCCAAUUUAUUGCGCGAUUUGGUGAAGGAUGGGGGCUCUCUCUUGCUCAUUGGUCCUCCGGGAGUUGGGAAGACCACAAUUAUAAGAGAAAUAGCUCGUAUGCUUGCAGAUGAUUACAAGAGACGAGUUAUGAUAGUUGACACCUCAAACGAAAUAGGUGGAGAUGGUGAUAUUCCUCAUGCUGGAAUUGGCAGUGCCCGUAGAUUGCAAGUACCUAAGUCCGACAUGCAGCACAAGGUAUUGAUUGAAGCAGUAGAAAAUCACAUGCCCCAAGUAAUUGUAAUCGAUGAAAUUGGGACCAAACUGGAAGCAAUGGCUGCUAGUACAAUUGCACAACGCGGCAUUCAGCUUGUUGCCACUGCUCAUGGAGUGACAAUAGAGAAUUUGAUAAUGAAUCCUUCGCUAGAAAUGCUAGUUGGAGGAAUACAGAGUGUUACCUUAGGUGAUGAAGAGGCUAGCAGGAGAGGGGUCCAAAAGACUGUUCUCGAACGAAAAGGACCUUCAACAUUUACUUGUGGUGCAGAGAUCAUUUCAAAGACUGAAUUACAAGUCCAUCGUAGCUUGGAGGCUACUGUGGAUGCUCUGCUUUCAGGCCGAUCUCCAAACUUUGAAGUUCGCAAGAUUGACCCAAAUGGGUCCACAAAAGACAUGCUUCCUGAACAAAAGGAUUCUUUGAUCGAUCCGGACUCUUGCAUGGAAGAUGCAAUUGUUGCUGAUGAUCAUUUGACAAUGGAUGAUAAAAAAAUUGGUGAUAAUGUAGUCGAUCUUGAGUUUGCAGGAAAAGGAGUAGAGAGAUCUCAUCAAGUUCCAUUUGGUUUUCACCUCUAUGUUUAUGGGAUCACAGAGACAAGCGUGUUGCAUGCAAUCAAGCAGCUGGAAAUGGGAGAAAUGAUUACUCUAACCUAUAACAUCAGUGAGGCAGAUGCAUUUCUUGCGUUACACUCCAAGCUCAAGAAAAAUCUUCAUAUUCAAGCAUUUGCUAAAUCUCGCAACAAACCAAUCUUUGUGACGAAGACUAACUCUUUGGUGCAAAUAACAAAGGCUAUACGUGGCCUUAUAAAUCAACGUGCUGAUGGAUUCAAAGCUUUUGAAGCAGAAGAGAAAGUCAGUCUGUCAGAAAAAACUGAUGCUUUAGAGAUUCUGUCUCCGCAUUGCUUGAGUGAAUGUGUCCCAGCAAAGUCCUGGAUGAGAUCAGAGUCAGAUCUAACGAACUAGAUGUGAAAGAUGUGGAAGCAGUGAUGCCAAGCAGGAAGCAGCACUGCAGUUAAGUCAAUCAUAGGAUCAAGCUUCAAUGCUUUAUCAGGAUUUAGCCUCCACUUCAUAAGCUUUUAGCAAUGGAGUGCCGUAUCUAGUUUGCGGCGGAUGUCAUUGCAGACCCUAGUUUUUGGAGGGUGAUCUCAUUUAUCCUUCCCGACAUCUUAUCCAGGCUUGCUUAUGGCUUGUUUUCUGUUUUCUUUCUUUUUUUCUUAAAUUUGUUUUUUUUAAUAUUUUGACAAAGAGAAGGAAAACCAGCCAAUGUAAUUAUCUAGGCCCAGUGCCGGGCCCAGGGGGAGAGCCCCCUUCCAUCAUUACGCUUUGGACAGGCUGAUUUCUCUUCGCUCAUAUUGACUUUUCCCCUUCUGGUAACAAAAAUUUGUACUUUGUCGUCAAUCCCACAACAAUAGAUGGCAGUUGGACAUAUUGACUUUUCCCCUUCUGGUAACAAAAAUUUGUACUUUCUCGUCAAUCCCACAACAAUGGAUGGCAGUUGGACAUAUUGACUUUUCCCCUUCUGGUAACAAAAAUUUGUACUUUCUCGUCAAUCCCACAACAAUGGAUGGCAGUUGGAGGAGACCGGAAAGGAUUCAAUCAUAUUGCCGCAGAGGUGGAUUGGAGAUUUAACAUUUCACUGAAGCCUUUGGAUAUCAUGGACAUCUUU